AUGGGUUUGGAAGAACUUAUUAACCGACAUUAUGAGCUUCGUGAGGAAAUUCAGGCAGUUGUUUGGGAGGAUAAAGAGAGAAGAAACCUCAUUCGCUUGGCGUUGCUACAAAUAAUGGUUCAAAAGCAAGCGCAGCUUCUAAGCGGCAAAAAGAGUAUCAAGUUGAGUACAAAAAAUGGUGCUCUUGAUGAAGAUGCAAAAAUCGAUUUCGAAAUUCAAUUAAACAAGUUAAAGCAAGAAUAUUCAACAAAGCAGAAAUUACAGGAUGCAAAAAUUCAUACAUUGAAACAAGACAAUGAACGUCUUCGUUCGGAAAACAAAGAAUUAAAAUCAAAAAAGGAUCCUUCGUCGUUGUUAUCUUUUUCAUCAUCGUCAUCGUCAUCGUCAUCAUCAUCAUCGGGUGUCAAUGGCUCAAAGUCUAGUAUAUUUGGUACCAGUAGGAGGUUGCUAAGCAAUAAGUCUAUUUUCACACCCGAGAAGUCUACAUUGGCCACUGCAUUGUAUGGACAAACGUUGACGAACAUUUUUGAAGAUGACUUAGUCACGCCGAAAGAAAAAAGUGUUGUUUCAAACAUUUCUGAACGAAAAAGCUUAAUGGACUUAUCGCCAUCGAUGAACACUAAGAAAGCCGUGAGUGGAGCACCCUUGACAAUUCCAAAACUACGAAAUCUGAUGGGCUCGAACACAUUGUUGUCCCCAUCAAGGAAAAAUCACCCUUUGCGGACCCCAUCAAAGCAUAUUGAAGAUUUUGAUGAUGACGCGAUUACCGGUGGUGAUAAAUCUCGGUCACGACUGCGAAGCCCUUCGCCUGACUUUACACCAAAUAGAAAACCAAGAGUUUUGAGGAGUGAUUCUGUGAUGAGUUCAACUAGUGCAACCAAUGAAAGCCAUAGUAAUGAUGCGUCUCCAGUGGCGAAAAAGGGGAAAAAAUAUGUACUGGGUGCAACUACAAGUUUAGGAGAUAAACAAUUGACAGGCGAGACACACGAUUCAAAAGAUGCAAAAGGUUCCAACGAUGCUAAUAUUUCGAAAGAUACAAAGGAGACAACCCCAACAUCAACAUCAACCACAAAUGUUGUCCGAAAGAAAACUUCAAGAGCGCCCAGCAUCCUUGGUGCGAGACUGAGGAACUCCUCUGGGCUAGACUUGCAUGCAAAUAAUGAUGAUGAUGAUGACGACGAUGAUGAGUUAAAUUUGCUUGCAAAAUAUGAAGACGCUAAUUUUGCAGAGGAAAUAGUGAAAAAAAGUGCCCCCGUUGUAUCGAAAAAGAGGAAGGAAAGCCCUGUUGGCAGUCUUUGGGAUGUGGAUCAACCUCGUAAAAAAAGAAACGUGUUUACAAUAGACUAA